CGGGGCGGGUGUUUGCGUACGUGUGCGGCGCGAGGACCAAUGCGUGAGCAGGCUUUGAAAUGUGUACUUGGGAUUUUGUCGCUUUUUGUUUUGGAUACUGUAUUAAGGAAGACAUCAGAUUUUUCAUUUGGAGCUUCUCCCGGACAAAAUGGCCUUCAGAGCAUGGAAAACGUGAAAAGCGAAGGAAAUGACCAUAGGAAUGAUCAUAUUAACCUGAAGGUGGCUGGUCAAGAUGGGUCAGUUGUACAGUUCAAGAUAAAGAAGCAAACACCGUUGAUUAAACUGAUGAAAGCAUACUGUGAGCGACAGGGCUUGCAGAUCAGACAGAUCAGGUUUCGCUUCGAUGGGCAGCCAAUAAAUGAAACUGAUACACCAGCUAUGCUGGAAAUGGAAGAUGAAGACACCAUUGAUGUAUUCCAGCAGCAGACGGGAGGAAUUUGCUAACCUCAAUAAUUUAAUGUAAAUAAUGUUCCACACAAUGUACAUGUUCUUUUCAACACGCUGUAUUUUUACUCUAUUUUGAACAAUCUGCAAUAUUUGGGGUGUUAAGGUGUUGGAGGGUUGUUUAAGGAGCUGUGUGCCAUCUUUGCAAUAAGUUUGCUUUUUUUUUGCAUUGUUUUACUUCUGGAAACUGAUUUUGUUUUCUUUGUAUUUUGGAUUAAUCCCAAUAAAGUUGAUCUUGUAUGUACAA